UGAUAAAAAAAAUUUCUCCUAAAAUUACUUUUAAGCUUGUUCAUUCUCGGAAAGUUCGAUUAAUGCAAUGAGUUUUCUGAUGGUCAACCGCCAUGGCCCACAGCCCAUAGCCAUAUUGAAAUUCCCUUCGAAUUCUGGUUUAUUUGGUCGUCCGAUACAAAGAAAGCCGGCUCUGCCGUCCCACCUCCUUCCUUAUAAACUCGAUGGAAGAUCCCUGUUUGUCCAUAAGUCUAAAGUUUUAUGUCAAUGGCAGAAGCAACAAAGAAGUGAUGAUUUGUCUUGUUUCAGAUUCAGAUUGUCAUUAUAUUUUUUCCUCAUAAUUUUAUCCUCACAUGUUCAUUUUUCUCUAUUCAGGUAUGCAGUUGUUACAGGAGCAAAUAAGGGGAUAGGGUUUGAAAUAUGUCGGCAAUUAGCUUCGAACGGGAUUGCGGUGGUGUUGACGGCAAGAGAUGAGAAGAGGGGCAUUGAAGCUGUUGAAAAGCUGAAAAGCUCUGGCUAUGAUGAUGUGGUGUUUCAUCAGCUUGACGUGGCGGAACCUGCAAGUAUCAGCCGUCUAGCAGAUUUCAUCGCAAGUCGAUUUGGGAAGCUUGAUAUUUUGGUGAACAAUGCAGGCGUUGGUGGUACAGUCCUAGCGCCAGAUGUUGACGUUGCUACUCUAUCAGAUAUUCUCAAGGCAGGUCCCUCAAUGAAAUGGAAGGAAAUAUCGAUUCAAUCUUAUGAGCUAGCUGACGAAUGUGUUAGAAUAAACUACUACGGCGCCAAAAGAAUGAGUGAAGCCCUCAUUCCCCUCCUCCAGCUAUCCAAUUCCCCAAGAAUUGUUAAUGUUUCAUCCUUAAUGGGGAAGCUACAGCUUGUGGCAAACAAAUGGGCAAUGGGAGUAUUAGGAGAUGUGGAGAAUCUUACUCCAGAGAGAGUGGAUGAUGUCCUGAGAGAGUAUUUAAAAGAUUAUAAAGAGGGUUUGCUAGAAACCAAAGGGUGGCCUGAUUUUAUGUCGGCUUAUAUUUUAUCAAAAGCAGCUCUGAAUGCUUGGUCAAGAGUUCUGGCGAAGAAGUACCCGAGUAUUCUGAUUAACUGCGUUUGCCCUGGCUUUGUCAAAACUGACAUAAACAACAAUACGGGCAUAUUGACUGCUGAAGAAGGAGCCGAAAGUUGUGUGAGGUUAGCUUUGCUGCCCAAUGGUGGUCCUUCUGGUCUGUUCUUUUCUCGGAAAGAAGAGACCUCUUUUGAAUUGAGAGAUUAGUUGAAAUGCAAGGCAACAUAGCUUGUCAAAAUUCAGUGCUUUUGUUGAAAGGUAUGUUGAAAAAAUAAGAUUUUGAUCAAUGACAA